AUGCCAUCUUGUACAUCCAAGAACACGCGAGUCGGUAUUAUUGGUUCUGGUGUGAUCGGGCUUACCAGUGCUUUGUUACUUGUUGAUGCUGGAUACGAUGUCAUUAUUGUAGCCCGGAAUCUCCCUGGCGAUGAAACAACAGAAUGGGCCAGUCCUUGGGCAGGCGCUCUGCUUGCACCACAUCCAGAUACGGGCUUUAAUGAGCUCCAGGAAUAUUCAAUCAAGAAGUACUUUGAACUAGCGGAUCACGGUCCUCGAAGUGGUAUCAGAAAACUCAAUAUCACCGAGUUUUAUGACGACCGUGCGGACGAUUCAACGAUAUGGUACAAAUCAAUCUUACCCGAUUUCACCCCCAUCCAGUCCACCGACAUGCCACCAGGAGCGACAAUCGGAUUCACGUACAGUGGACUGACCGUGGACCCGAGAAUGUUCCUACCAUGGAUCGCCCAGAAGUUGGUUGACCGAGGAGUGAAAUUUGUACGGGGGAAGGUUGAAUCUUUCCAAGAAAUGCAGAACCUAAGCCAGGCCAGUAUCGUGGUGAACGCAUCAGGAUUGGGUGCGCGGGAGCUUGCUUCAGAUGAUAGCUCGAUAUCCAUUCGAGGCCAGACUAUGUUUGUCCGAAAGCAGGAUGACGAUGACUUUAACCGCGCUGUUAUCCUGCAAGGGUCCCAGUAUACCUAUGUCAUUCCCAGGGCAAGUGGGGGAGUCAUCCUCGGUGGUGUAAGUCAACCGGGGAACUUCGCUGUUGAUCCUGAUAUGGCUCUGCGAACGGAUAUUCUCGAGCGAGUCAAUAGUAUGACGAAGGGCGACUUUGGCUGGGUUGAUACCGAUAGAGAUGUUUCUAGGGAUAUUGUCGGCUUUAGACCGGCUCGGAAGGGGGAGUUCGGGUCGAGAGAGAAGGAAAUAUCAUUCAUGCUUAUGGAGCUGGUAGUCUGGGUUAUGUUUACUCCUGGGGAAUGGCAAAUCAGGUUCUUGGUUUGGUUGAAAAUCACUAUAAAGCGCAUAUAUAAGAAUAUAUCAGUCUAG